UAAUCUUUCCAUGAACGACAAUAUAAUUCUUCCUAUAAAUUGCUUCAAUCCUUCUUCCUAUUUACUCAAAAUCGAAUUCCUCUAGCCAUAAAAAUCUAAUCUUUACUAUUAUCAAUUAUUAUUCAAGAAUUAAUAUGGGCGUAGCAAUUUUCACCGACGAAAAUAUUUCAUCCAUCGCUCCGGCGAGGAUCUUCAAGGCAUCGAUCGUCGACUCGCACAAUUUGAUCCCGAAGCUCAUGCCCCAAGCAAUUAAGAGCAUAAAUAUUUUGGAGGGCGACGGCGGAGCUGGAACAGUUAAGGAGAUCAACUUCGCUGAAGAAAGUCCUUUGAAGUCUAUCAAGUACCGUAUAGAUGAGCUCGACGAGAAGACAUUCACCUACAAGUACACAUUGGUGGAAGGCGACUCGUUGGUUGACAAACUUGAGAAGAUAUCCUAUGAAGUUAAGUUUGAGCAAUCGGCUGAUGGUGGAUCGAUUUCUAAGGUCACGAGCAAGUACCACACAAAAGGGGACUUUACUCUGAAAGAAGAGGAAGUCAAGGCGGGCAAGGAAAGGGUAUUGGCGAUGUACAAGGCUGUCGAAGCUUAUCUCCUCAAAAAUCCCGACGCCUAUGUUUAACUUUGCAUCGAUGUCGUCGCACACACACACACACACAUAUAUAUAUAUAUAUACACACUAUACUAUUGUUGUCUCUUUUUUUGAUGUUUUGUGUGUCUUUGCUGGUUGCUACGAACUUGCCUUCUGUGUGGUGAGAUCACUAAUAAACUUAUUGUGUAUUGAAUAAAAUUAUCGUAU